GAUUUCGGGAUUGAACUACCUGGCACCUUGCCUAUCAUCACAUUAUUGCCCACCAGUGAUCACCGCCGAGGACUAACGUUGACGGCCCCGUGUAAGCUCAGCAAGUGUUCAAGAUGUUGGCUGCAAGUGUAAGGCGACACAUUGGCGGUGUGUUGAGGGCGAGCCCCAGGGUAAUGGGGGCCGCCCAGGUGAGGCACCACGGCUCUCACUACCCCAUAGACGACACGGUGUUUGGCCUGACAGAGGACCAGCAGCAGCUGAGGAGGACAAUAUUUGACUUUGCACAGAAGGAACUUGCACCCAAAGCUGCCCAAAUAGACAAGGAUAACUACUUCCCAGAGAUGAGGGACUUCUGGCUGAAAAUGGGCACCAUGGGUCUGCUGGGCAUCACUGCCAGCCCAGAAUAUGGUGGCUCAGGCAUGAGCUAUCUUGACCAUGUCCUUGUUUCUGAGGAGAUCUCCCGUGUGUCAGCUGCCAUCGCACUGUCUUACGGCGCUCACUCCAACCUGUGCGUCAACCAGAUCAACAUAAAUGGGACAGCAGAGCAGAAGGAAAAAUAUUUACCAAAGCUCUGCUCAGGUGAACACAUUGGGGCAUUGGCCAUGUCAGAGCCAGGGUCUGGUAGUGAUGUGGUCAGUAUGAAGCUCAAGGCUGAAAAGAAAGGUGACUACUAUAUCCUGAAUGGCAACAAGUUCUGGAUCACCAAUGGACCAGAUGCUGAUGUCCUGGUGGUGUAUGCCAAAACAGAUAUGACAACAGCUAAGCCCCAGCAUGGAGUGUCAGCUUUCUUGAUAGAGAAGACCUUCGAUGGGUUCAGCACUGGCCAGAAGCUGGACAAGUUGGGCAUCAGAGGCUCCAACACAGGAGAACUCAUCUUUGAAGACUGCAAAGUCCCAGCCAAGAAUAUGCUUGGGAAGGAGAAUGGAGGGAUCUACGUGCUCUUCUCUGGCCUGGACCUGGAGAGGCUGGUGCUCGCCUCACAGCCUGUUGGACUGAUGCAAGCUGCUUGUGAUGUUGCAUUUGAAUAUGUUCACUUGAGGAAGCAGUUUAAUACAAGAAUUGGGGAGUUUCAGUUGAUGCAGGGAAAGAUUGCGGACAUGUACACCACUCUGAGUGCGUGCCGAUCAUACUUGUACUGUGUGUCACGUGCCUGUGAUCAGGGACAUGUCAACAGGAAGGACUGUGCUGGUGUCAUUCUGUAUUGUGCUGAGAAAGCAACUCAAGUUUGUUUGGAAGCCAUCCAGUGUCUAGGAGGGAAUGGCUAUAUCAACGACUACCCAACUGGUCGCUUCCUCAGAGAUGCCAAGCUUUAUGAAAUUGGGGCCGGUACCAGUGAAAUCCGUCGCCUGGUUAUUGGCCGAGCCCUGAAUGCAGAGUACAGGUAACUGGUCAGCCUGCACACUUAAGACAGGUAUGGGAGGAUGACUUGUUUGUCCACUGAACAGGUGUUGCUGUUCUGUAGCUUGUGAUAUUCUUUUUAGUCCUUAUUUCCAGUGAUUCUGUGAAUAGGUGUUAUGGUAGCUUUUACAUUUAGUCAUGAGAGCAUUGAUAUCUCACAAUUGUUAUUGGGCUUGUACUCACUGGGUAGCACUACAGCUACUAGGCUCUUUGAUGGCCACUUCCUAGUCUGUUGUGUGUUGAAAUUUAAAUUAUAAAAAUUGAAUCAUAUUGUUAUACUGCAUUUUAACAAACUGCGUUGAGGAUCAGCAUUAUACUUACUAUAAUUGUUUAGUUUAAUAUUGACAGGUAUUGUCAACAGGAUAUGCACAGCAUGUGCUUCCUUGCCUCAGGACAUGCAGUAUGUAAUAUAUUACAGUUAGCCCAUCUGUGAAACUGUUCACUGUUCUAUUAAGCAAGCAAGUCAUAAUGGUAGGCUUAAGGCUUAUUUGGUGGAACAAAGAAGGGAAAUAAAUUUCUUAUUAAAUUCUGAUCUUGUUCUGAAGAAUUAGGUAUGUAAACACAAGAAUUCAAGUCUAAGGAUAUUGUAGACCCAUAUUGUUGCACAAAAUAUUUCUGGUCAUCUUCCUCUCCUAGUGAGCAGAAUACAGUGGAUGAGGUAACAGAUGGAUAUAGUAUGUACUUUGAGCUGCAUCUGUUUGACCCAGCAGCUACAGAACUUCCAGUUACUAGAUGUUGUAUCUCAGCUGAUGAACAAAAAUGUAAUCUGAGAUGGUGGACAUUGAUCACCUAAAGACUGGGCACUAUUGUUCCAGAUGCUACAACAGUGGUAAUGCCUGAAAAAAGUGACAGAGUAAUUGACACUAUCAAUGUCAUUACAGAAAGCCAUUCAGAAUUGAAAGGACACUUUCAGGUGAAGGUUGUGCAUGGCCAUCAUUACAGGUCAGGAUUGAAAAAUUAAUGAAAGUGGCUAUCCUCUUUAGUGAUCAAGAAUUUCAGCCAUCUAUUAAUUGAAGAAGAGAUGUGUUAUGUGAAACCAAGUAAAUGUAAUGUUAUUUUGAGGACUAGUGUUCAGAAUCACUGAUGUAAUGGUAAGGUUUAUAGAUCAUGCAAGUGAAUCAGUAUUAUGAGGAAUUAGGAUAGAUUAUGACAGUAAAAUUUCAUAAAAUGCAGCUAUAUUUCAUAGACACUAGGUGUAAAAACCUGUCUUUGAUCCGAAGUUUUGAACAAUUCUACUUAAUACUUUAAUUUAGGCAGCUAAACUUUGAAAAUUUCACAUGCAUCCAGACAUAUUUUAUUAAAAAAAAAAUAUGUCUGGAUGCAUGUGAAAGUGUUAGUAUUAGCAAACUGUUUCAUAUUCUAUCAAAAACAUAUGAAACAGUUUGCUAGUACUAACACUUUAGAUUUGUGAUUUCUCUAUUUCAAAAGUAUUAAUAAUAGGAAAGGUUACCAGCAAAAUAGCUAGACAAAUUGACAAAUAAUAUUAGAAAUAUUUUGUGUCAUUCAUCCACAUUAAACAGGGACAGAUGUGGCAUAAUUUUUAUUAAUUGUAUUAGCUUUAUAAUUUCAAGCAAGAAUUGGGGUCUUCACUCAUUAGAUAGAAGUUUUCUCCAGAAACCAUGGUUUGAGCUGUGUUUGAUGAUCUGGUUUGUUGGUUUGCUUUAGCAUAAUUUGUUUAUUUCAUUAUGAUGAGUCACCAUCAAGAGGGAUGUGGAUCUUUGAAAUUUCCUCUUUACACACACACACACACACACACACUCCUUGGCUGUUACAGAAGUAAGGCUCCCAGACAUGUUGUUGCAAAUGUUUUAAGUUGUGAGAGUUGCAAGUUAACAGGUAUUCAGCCAGGAUUUUAUCAUUAUUGUCUGAAUUUGGGUAUUGUUCCUUACUUAAUAUUCUACAUUGGUGAGAAUUAUUAGUUUUAAGAUAUUCAUAUUUAUAUUGUGAUCUUAAGAAAUGGUGACUGUGUUUACAUAUGUGGAACCUCUAUAAUAUACUUGUCUCAACACUACUUUAACAAGAAAUGCAACAACAGAAUUUCCCAUUAAUGCUCAAAAAAAAAAAAAUCAUAAUUAUUUACUUGUGUUGAUGUGCAAUAUUACUUUGCUAUUCAGGCAAAAUCAGUGUUGGGUGUCUGAAGUGGUUAGAGUUGGUUUGUGUACCUUAUCAUAGAGGUGAAUUACUCAGGAUUACAGCUUCAAAAUUAUUUAAGCCUUGCCUGAAGUAUCUUCACUCUGGAAAGGAGAUGAUCACAGCAAGACAACAGAAAAUUUUGUAAUGGAGCAGAAUUUGAUUUCACAUGCUCCAGGCAAACUUGACAGCCUCAGUCUUUACAUUAACUUGAAUGCCUCUACAUUGGACCACAUAUUUAAAGGAUAGAAUUCUUUAUGUAUAAUACUGACGGAUAUGUGUACAAUUAUUUUAUAGUAUAUAUUAUUUUUGUAGUAGUACAAAUAAUGUACAUAACACUAUAGUUGGAACAAUUUUUGUGAGUUGUUCUUGUACCAUUUGAAAGGUGAAAUAAACAUAAAUUCUGUAUAUAUCUA